AUAUGAUGAUGGGUCGAUCAAGGAAUGUGGCAAUUCUUGUAGUAAUAACUGUAUUGUUACUAAAGACCACAGAAGCUGAAGAUUACGAGGUGGGGGGUAGCACAGGUUGGACAAGCUUUCCUCCAGGAGGUGCUUCUUUCUAUUCCAAAUGGGCUUCCAAUUUUACAUUCAAAGUAAAUGACACUCUAGUGUUCAACUUCGAGUCUGGAAGCCACAGUGUGGUGGAACUUUCGAAAGCUGACUAUGAAAACUGUGAAGUCGACAACAAUAUCAAAACCUUUAAUAUAGGGCCAGCUAGAGUCAUCCUCACAGGUCCAGGGGAAUUAUACUUUUCCUGCCCCUUCUCAGGCCAUUGCAGCAGUGGCCAAAAGCUAAGUGUUACAGUUGAAGCUCCUUCACCUUCUCCUUCUGCAUCUGGUUCAGAUUCCACUAAAACUGCCCCAUCACCCCAAACUCAUUCAACUGAUAUAGCCCCUCCACCACACAGCUCAGCCACCCCUCUCGCUUCUACCUUCUCUCUCUUCAUCAUCACCAUUGUAGUCAAUUUUAGGACUUGUUACUAUACUCUCUCUUUCUAAAACAAUUUUCUUCAUCUCAAUCUUUUAAAGUAUGUGACAUGCAGAUUCAAUAAGAUUCACAAAAUUCAAGAGAAUGUUUCAGAAAGAGGAUA